AUGAAUAUGACAUCAAUCUUCGGGCCCCCGCCAGAGGGCAUCAAUCUCGACGAAAACAGAAAUGCGGAAGAUACAGCUGCUGUCGUGACUGUAUGUGCGCUUGCCAUACUAACUAUUAUCUUCCGUCUAUUUGUGAGGUUAUAUAUGCAGGGAGCAAAGCUGGAAGCCGAUGACUGGCUGAUUGGGAUAACGGCCAUUCCAUUGAUUGCAUUACUUGCAUCAUCUAUUCUUGUAUAUACAUCAGGUGGCACCUACGGUUUCGGUCUACAUAUCUGGAGUAUCCUCUUCGCCUAUCUCAUUGUCUAUCUCGUCGAGCUCCUCCUCAUCAAAGUUUCCAUUCUCAUGUUCUACCGCCGAAUCUUCGGCAUGAACUGGAUGAUCUGGGCCACUCUUUUUAUAUCUUAUGGCUGGUGCAUGGGAAGCAUGAUCGCAGCCCUAUGCGCCUGUGAUCCAAUUCCAUUCUUCUGGACCGAAAUCACCGACCCUAAAUCGGGCUCAUACCGAUAUAACUUCUACUACUACUACAUUGGGAAUGCGACGGCCAAUGUCGUGACGGACGUUCUUAUUCUGCUCGUCCCGAUGCCUAUUGUUUGGAAACUUCAGAUGCGGACAACGCAGAAGAUUGGUGUAUGCGCUGUGCUUCUUCUAGGUGGAUUUGUCUGUGUCGCAAGCGGCAUUCGAAUCCACUACUUAACCUACCUCCGUGGCAACGUCGAUAUCACAUGGGCCUUGGGUAGCGUAUCCGUGUGGUCAACCGUCGAGCCAUGCGUCGGAAUCAUCUGUGCCUGUCUCCCCGUCCUCCAGCCAUUUGUCCGGUCCAUGGUCAAGAAAAUGCCCAACUUACCGGGCACCCAGCAUUUCGGAGGAUCGCGUGGACUGUCUAGUUUUAUACACAGAAUAUCUCUCCACGAUCGGGAGCACGAUAAAUACGACAUGGAAUGCAGAACGAGUCCUACACCGUUCCACCCGGAUGAAGACCUAGAUCCUCUUACGUCGGUCAGGACUCAUGUGGAGACAGAUCCGAAAGAGAGGAUUAGUGGAGAAGAGAAUCUGGAUCCGAUGGCUAUUCGUGUUAAACGAGUUGUGCAUUGGAGUGUUGAUUAA